AUCCAGUAGACGGUUAUGCGGUACAGAAAUCAAGGAGGAGAAACAGCGCUGACUGAGCCGGAAAAUCGGAAGUGACUUUCAGCAGAGACACAUCUCAUUCGUUUUAAGUUUUUUUUACCUGCUUGUGUGACUUGUCAGAAGCGAAGAGCCUCAUUCGUAAAGAUGGCAAGUGAAUCACACUGUUGAUCGUUCAAGUGGGUCUGACCUGGUGCCUCACUGCAGAGAAAGUCACAAGCUAAAGGUGCUUCCAGUGACGUCGGUUAGCCUGAAAGUGUGAGAUCGUGUGUCUCAUCCCACAAUCCAUCCUGCUGAGGAGCUGCUCGGGACUGUUCACCAGCUCCCUACUUGGGGCAGAGACAGCACCCCCACCCUCUUGCCAAAAUGGUGCUGUCACAGAGGCAACGAGAUGAAUUAAAUCGAGCUAUAGCUGAUUAUCUGCGCUCCAAUGGCUAUGAAGAGGCAUAUUCUGUAUUUAAGAAGGAAGCAGAGUUGGAUAUGAAUGAGGAGUUGGAUAAGAAGUACGCAGGCCUUUUGGAAAAGAAAUGGACCUCGGUCAUCAGAUUACAAAAGAAGGUAAUGGAGUUGGAGUCAAAGCUAAAUGAAGCCAAGGAGGAAAUCACUUUAGGAGGCCCUGUUGGUCAAAAAAGAGACCCCAAAGAAUGGAUCCCACGCCCUCCUGAAAAAUACUCCCUCAGUGGCCACAGAAGCCCUGUUACACGUGUCAUCUUUCACCCUGUGUUCAGUCUUAUGGUCUCUGCUUCAGAAGAUGCCACCAUCAAGGUUUGGGAUUACGAGGCCGGAGACUUUGAGCGUACACUGAAGGGUCACACUGACUCUGUACAGGACAUCUCCUUUGACCAGACUGGAAAGCUGCUGGCAUCCUGCUCUGCGGACAUGACUAUCAAACUCUGGGACUUCCAGGGAUUUGAGUGCAUCAGGACCAUGCAUGGACACGAUCACAAUGUGUCGUCAGUUGCCAUCAUGCCCAACGGUGAUCACAUAGUGUCUGCCUCCAGGGAUAAGACCAUGAAAAUGUGGGAGGUGGCCACUGGUUACUGUGUGAAGACGUUCACGGGUCACAGGGAGUGGGUGCGUAUGGUCCGGCCCAAUCAGGAUGGGACGCUGUUGGCCAGCUGCUCCAAUGACCAGACGGUGCGUGUGUGGGUGGUGGCAACCAAGGAGUGCAAGGCGGAGCUGCGGGAGCACGAACAUGUGGUGGAGUGCAUCUCCUGGGCUCCUGAGAGCGCACACCCCACCAUAUCUGAGGCCACUGGCUCUGAGAACAAGAAAAGUGGAAAGCCUGGCCCAUUCUUGUUGUCCGGAUCCAGAGACAAGACCAUUAAAAUGUGGGACAUAAGUACUGGCAUGUGCCUUAUGACACUGGUUGGUCAUGAUAACUGGGUGCGUGGAGUGUUGUUCCAUCCAGGUGGGAAGUUCAUAGUGAGCUGUGCUGAUGAUAAAACACUUCGUAUAUGGGAUUAUAAGAACAAGCGCUGCAUGAAGACCCUGAGUGCCCACGAACACUUUGUUACCUCUCUGGAUUUCCAUAAGACGUCUCCUUACGUGGUGACGGGAAGUGUAGAUCAAACGGUGAAAGUGUGGGAAUGUCGCUGAUCGACAUAGGAUCCGACCUUUCCCUCUCCCCUACGCCACCACUUCGGCCACUCCCACACCUGUUGUUCAGGAUGCAGUCAUUACUAUGGUUACCACCUCAUCCAGCUCUCUUCUAAAUAACUAUUGUCCUUUUAUGUAAAUUACUCUGGAUGUAGUUUGAGCUUAUUAAAUGUUACACAAGACACUCACACAAGGAGAAAAAAUGAAACAAGUAAAAAGUAAAACAGGUAUUCUUGCAUGAAUCCAAAACUUGUAUACUGUAAAUUUUUUGCUUCUCAUCAUCUAAAAGUAUCAUAGGGACGUAGAGCACAGGUGAUGCUCGGGCCUCAAGCGUUUAUGAACAGAAGGCAGAAUGAUGCUGUUUGGGGAAUACAGGGCACUCAAAACUAUUCGUUUAAUUUUCAUUUCUUUUUACGAGAGAUACUGGGGUGCUCGCCUGGUUCUCCCCGUUGCUGUAAGCAUUCAUGUAGUUCAUAUUUUGGGCACGCCAUCCAUGUCAUUUUAUAUUAGCCAGACAGUUUUGAAACGUUUACCACAUUUGACAUCCCAUUAGACAAGGAGGAUCGAAACACUUAUUAAGAGAAGACAUAACACUUUUACAGUGACGUAAAAUGCACGUGUCCAUGCAGGAGUUACAGUUUUACGCAAGAUUUACAUUUUCUUUAUUAUUGUACAGAAAAUAAACUCUGACACACCCUCCAUUACCACAGAUUUUGUGCUUUUGGAGGGCUUUGACAAAAUUAAUUUACUGACAGAAAGGGGCAGGUCGAGAGCCACGUUACUCGUGGUUCUGAAUGAAAUCGCUUGUGUAUAUUUGCGCAUUAAAUACAACUUUAGGGACAUCAAAACACCACUUCACAGUUUCACUUUAACCAUCCCCGUUCUGCAAGCCCAAAGGAGAGUUUGCUUCCUAAUAGGUUACUAUUCAUUAUGCAACACGCUCUACAUUGAGCAUCCAUGCUUUAUCAUUCUGCUGCUUGUCUGCACCAUCGUCUGUCUGCUCUCGCUCACGUUUGCGAGGAGUUCAGGAGACGUCGCCUUUUGAAGUACUCCCCGGCAAACUUUAUGCUCAUCUAGUCGAAUAAGGGAGGUCGUUGCAUUGUGGAAUAAACACAAAGUCACUAUUCUGGGCACCUGUGUGAUAGAUCAACGUGCAAUAACUAACUCUAAGUUAUGUAUGUGUUUGCCAUGUUGGAAGGUGUGGUGAAGACGUUCUGGCUGCCAUACUAAGGCAACAAUUAGCAACUUUUAAGACUACAUCUGUGAUGAGUAGUUUGCUGUGCUUGCUGGUCUGCAGCGUGCUGUACUUUAACAGUAGAGUCAUGUAUGCACAACCACUGCCAUUUCAAAGCUACGUGCGUGCGUGCGUGUGUGUGUGUGUGUGGGGGCUCUGGCUCCAGCUGUCCGCCUUUUCUGCCUUGUUAAUGUACUGAGAAUCCCCAAUAUCGAGGACUUCAUUCUGCUUUUUGUGGUCUCACUGUUGACACGCACUCGUGCGCUCACGUAAAUAAAUAUUUGUCCAUCAGUAUAUCUUGAUGUCAUUGUUUGCAGCAUAAUUAAAUAAUAAUAAAAUAUCUGUAAAUACAAA